AUGGGAACUGGGCCAGAGCCCAGUAGCUGGGGCUCAAGAGUUGAGAGAGAUAGUGAAGAUUCAGAAGUUCCGAAGAUUUGUGUUGUAUACUGCUACUGCUUCGGGACGCUCAUAAGCUACGCUUACGUUAGCAAUACGACAAGGGCUGGUUACUCUAGAGCCGAUCAAUUCUACGCGUCGUACCCCGCUGGUACCGAGCUUUUAACGGACACUACCAAGCUGCACUUGGAAACUGCUUCGAAGUUGAAGAGUGGGGUCAGUUUGAGUACUGCAUCAUGGCGAAACACUUCGAGCGUCAAGGGAAGUCGCCAUAUGCUUAUCAUGCGGUAUGAUGCUCACAUGCAUGCAUAUGAUGCCGAAGGGCGUAUUAUGAAUUGCUUUAACUUUAACUUUUGCAUGAAUGCUACUGCAAAGAAGAAGAUUCUUAAAGAGGACUGCAAGUCAUUGUUGUCUAGUAAGGCAUGGUAUUUGGAAAAAGCUCAUGGUUUUAAUUUCUUUCCUGGUACCCAGAGGAAGGGGGAAGUCGUUUGUACUGGGAGGAAAUGGGAAUUGUGA